GAUUGUGAAAUUGACUAAUAACGAGGCCGAAUAUGAGGCCAUGAUUACAGGCCUUGAAUUAGCCAAAAGCUUGGGGCAGAGGUGAUAGAAGCCAAGUGCAACUCACUCCUUUUGGUAAACCAAGUUAAUGGUACAUUCGAGGUCAGGGAAGAACGAAUGCAGAGAUACUUGGACAAGUUACAGGUGACAUUAUAUCGGUUCAAAGAAUGGACUUUGUAACAUAUACCUCAGGAUCAAAACAGCGAAGUUGAUGCCCUCGCUAACUUGGGAUCGUCGGUUGAAGACAGCUAGAUUAACUCGGGAGAAAUUGUACAGCUUAUAAGAUCGGUGGUGGAACAAGGCCACACCGAAAUCAACUCAACGAGCCUAACUUGGGACUGGAUAAAUAAGUACAUGGAAUAUCUCAAGACCGGAAAACUUCCCUUGGACCCAAAGGAAUCGAGGGCCCUGCGAACGAAGUCAUCCCGGUUUAGUUUUCCGAGGAUGGAACCUUAGUCAGAAGAACGUUCAAUGGCCCGAUCGCGAUAUGUUUGGGACCAGGAGACACCGAAUACGUUUUGAGGAAAAUCCACGAAGGUACAUCACUGAUUCAAAAAAUAAUCAGAGCCGGUUACUACUGGAUCGAUAUGGAAAAAGACGCGAAUGAGUUAGUUCGAAAAUGCGAUGGAUGCCAAAAUUAUGCUCCGAUGAUUCAUCGAGAAGAAGAGCCGCUACAUUCGGUCUUGUCACCUAAUUACAACAACGGGAGUCGAAUCUUAUUGACUACUGGGGAAACAGAGGUAGCGAAGUAUGCAAAUCCUAGUAGCCCUCAUGAGAUGCAUCUCUUGGAUUUAGAUAACAGUUGGAAGUUACUUCGUGGUAAGGUAUUUGGACCAGAACAUGAUCAUCCUCCAGAGUUGGAAGAAAUUGGAAAGAAAAUAGUAGAAAAAUGCCAAGGACUACCCUUAACAGUUUCAGUGAUCGCGGGACAUCUUUCUAAAAUCACCAGGACAAAUAAAAGUUGGAAGGAUGUUGCCCGAACCUUAGGUGAAAUUAUUUCUAGUCAUCCAAAUAAAUGCUUAGAAGUGCUCGGUUUGAGUUACCACCACUUACCUAAUCACCUCAAACCUUGCUUUCUUUCUAUGGGUGGUUUCCCAGAGGAUUAUCAGGUUGAGACUUGGAGAUUGAUCCAAUUAUGGAUUGCGGAAGGUUUUUUAAGGACAUCCAAAAGUGGUAAAAGUUUGGAGGAAGUAGCAGAAGAUUAUUUGGUGGAUUUUAUUAGCAGGAACUUGAUCAUGGUAAGAAAAAGUAGAUUCAAUGGUAAGAUAAAAGCAUGUGGAAUACAUGAUCUUCUUCGUGAAUUCUGUUUGACUGAAGUUGAGAUAACAAAGUUUAUGCGUGUUGAGAGAAUUGACCCAGUCCCUACUCUUCCAACACAAAAACAUAAUGGUCAUCGCUUCAGUUUUCAAACUCGAAGUUAUUCAGUUGGUGAUUCUUGCAAGCUAUUACCCCCAGUUACCAAAUCUAUCUACUUAUUUUCUGAAAGACGACUUUAUUUAAAACUUGAUUUUUUCUCCCGUUUCAGCCUUCUCAGGGUAUUGGCCAUCUUCGAUCAAAAGUUCCGUUCAUUUCCGCUUGUGAUUACAAAGUUAUUUCAUUUGAGAUAUCUCCAAGUUCAAUCUUACAACAAUCUUCCUCCAUCAAUAUCAGAGCUUCAUAAUUUGCAAACUCUAAUUUAUGAGGGACAAGAUUAUAAACAUACAACUUUACCCGGAAAGAUAUGGAUGAUGAAUAACUUGAGGCAUAUACAUCUGAGUCGAGCCUGUUAUUUACCUAGUCCUAGAAGAGAAAGUAUUCUAAAUAAGUAUCUUGUGAUAGGAAUGCCAAAUCUAGAAGAACUUUCUAAUCUCUGUUUCACCAGUUGUACAAAUGAAAACUUUUCUAUCAUUCCCAAUCUAAAGAGAUUGAUCGUCCAUCAUAUAGGUUCAUCAAGAAGAAAGAAUAGGGCUAAUCACCUCAUUGAUAUGUCUAGCUUGACAAAACUCAAAGCAUUGAAGUGUGUCAGCAAUGCUUCUUGGUCUUGGCGAUCGACCUCUAUCAAGAGGUUUGUUUUUCCAACAUCACUUAAGAGGCUGACUUUAGCUGGUGGGUUUUGUUUUUCUUGGGAAGACAUAUCAACUCUUGUCAUGUUGCCAAAUCUUGAAGAGCUCAAACUUAAAAGGAAUGCAGUGAGUGAUCCAAUAUGGAGAUUAAGUGAUGAAGACAAGUUCGAAAGCCUAAAGUUAUUGUUACUUAGUGAGCUAGAAUUUGGGCAUUGGGAAGCUAGCAGCGAAAGCUUCCCAAGUCUAAAACGCCUUGUUAUGAGGAAUUGCAUCAACCUGAAAGAAAUUCCAACAGAUUUUGGGGAAAUUUGUACUUUGGAGUCAAUUGAGUUACAUAAUUGCAGCACUGUUGUUGAGGGAUGUGCAAGAAAUAUUGAACAAGAACAUGAGGACAUGGGAAAUAAUUUCCUUAAGGUCUACAUCUAUAACAAUCGCAGGAAUUAUAGCUUAUUUUGAGGGACAAUCUAACGCUAUCUCCCAAAUGCAGAACCUUUUCAAUUAGAUUUUGAAGAGUAGAAUCUUUCUUUUAUAUCCUUAUCAGUAGUUAAAUUUAUAUUUUUGGGAAUAAGCAUGUUUAAAUGUCUCGCUCAUUUGUGGUUUAGUAUUUUGUAAAGAAUAUAAUUAUUGAUGUAUUAUAAU